AUGAGCCAAGAAGCACCGCAGGAAAACGCAACCCCAACCACACCACGGGAAAGAAAAGCCUCCCGCUUCACCAGAGUAUUCGUCCCUGCAAACUUCAAAAGAGGCAGGUGGAACUGCACAGAUUUCCAUGAAUUAUCAUCAACCCCGUUCGAAAUUCGCGAAAAUGUGCUGGCCCUAGAGGCCAUGCCAGACCUCUGGAACCCCACCCCGAUUCCCGAGAAAGUGGAGUCUAUUCUGGAACAAGCCAGUAUUACCGGACCGUCCGGCCAGCCCUUGGGCUCCACCUGUUCGUCGAAUGCGCUUGACCGUUCAAAUAGCAGCGGAAAACCGACUGGCACCUCUUCUACAUUAACUAUCAUUUCAAAUAUUCCUGUGGAACCUAUUGAUGAUGACGAUGACGAUGAUGAGGAGGAGCUCGAGCUCCCUGCCCACGUCAUCAUCCGGAAAAGUUUUAUUAGAACAGAUAGCGGGUCCCAACCUCCAUCCCAAACUUCGAGUCCUGUUCCAUUUGAAAUUCCCGCCGUCAAACGACUAUCCUUGCGCCAAAAUUCUAUCCCAACCCCAACACUAACUAUUAUUUCGAACACUAUUCAUGAAUCAACUGAUGAGCAGGAGGAAGAGUUGGAAGUUGAGCCUGAGAAUAUUGUAACAUCGGACCGUGCGGUUGAACCGGAGAGGUCAAUUUCUAACUUGAAUCCGGAGCCGUCACUCGCUACAACGGUAGCUACGGAGGAACCAGUUACUGUGGAGCAAGAGAACCCAAAAAUAGGUGGCCUGGUAUCAAGCCGGAUUCGCCAAUUCUCGGCGCCUGUGGAGGAAUCGCUACCGAUGUAUGGAAUUCGUCGAAAGAGAUAUGAAUCAUAUUCUGUUUCACAACUAUCGGAACAAACACAGGUAGCAGUUCCUAGCCCAAAUUCAGAACAAGUUGAAGCACCCGCGGCGCAGAGCUCCACUAGCAAAGAGCCAACUAUUCCUGUUAAAUCUGAUCCACGUCCUACCGUACCCCCAAAGCCUGCAUCCUUGAAAAGCCCUACACCAUCAAAGAACGUCGAAGAAGAAAGUUGCAUUUCGCAAACGCCUAAUGACCCUACUCCACCCCCCGAGCAGCUGCCAGAAUCUACAAACGAAUCGGCGGAUGAACCAUUAAAUCAACACGUGCGGGAAGCUAUCGAUCUCGUCAAGCAUCAUGUCGAUUAUAUUGUUACUCAACAAAUCACCGGAUACAAGAAGACUAUUAAGGAACUGAAGGAGAAGGAGCAGCGGCUGGAGGCGGAAAAUGCAUUCUUCAGGACCUUUGUUCCGGAUUACAUUCUUGAAGAUGUGGCUGGGUGGAUGGCGCGUGGGGUUCCCCCUUCU